ACAUGUUGAAUUUACCAAUCACAGUCCAUUGCGAUGCGCUCGUUAGAAGUGGCAAGAGUUAAUUUCAAGCGUGCAUUAAUAGUGACGAAACUAUCGCGAUAUGAAUACGAAAAAUAUCGCUACCCACAUUUAACCGAGACUGAGUUGGAAGCAGUACUGAAGAAACGAGGUUCUGAGUACGGAAAUUUACUCCGUCGCUACGAAAUUCAUAAAACAUUUGAAAAGCGUUUAGUGGAAAGUGUGGAAGCAUGCGGAAUUACGACCAAAGUGGUGAACCGAUUCGGAUACAAUGAAGAAAAUCUUAAAUGGGCAGAUGUUGUGGUGCCUGUUGGUGGUGAUGGUACUUUCAUACUAGCUGCAAGUAAAAUCCAAGGCAACUAUAAGCCUGUUAUUGGCUUCAAUUCAGAUCCAAGUCGUUCCGCCGGUUACCUAUGCCUACCAAAAAAAUAUUCAGCCAACGUCAAAGGAGCUUUGCAGAAGAUCAUUAAUGGAGAUUUCAGGUGGAUGUUUAGAAAUAGAAUACGAAUAACAUUGUUCGGGAAAAACAUUUUCGAUGCUCCACUUGAACUUAACGAAGAGCAAUUGCGAGAACCUGGUGACACUCCUCUGCCGAAGAGAACAACUGUAACAGCUGAUUCUAAGGUUUAUAGGAGGACACUACCAACAUUGGCUCUUAAUGAAAUAUUUGUUGGUGAAAAACAAGCCACUCGUGUGUCAUACUUGGAACUGAAGCUAGCUGGCGAAUCAAGAACGAAACUGAAGUGUACCGGAAUCUGUGUCGCGACAGGCACCGGGUCCACCGCUUGGCACGCAAGUAUGAACCGUAUUUCUGACCAGUCCAUAAGUGAAUUGCUAUCAUUAUUGAAGCAGCCAGUUUCAGAGGAAACGCGAGCAGAAUUAUGUUCACGGUUUUCGGAACAGUUGAAGUUCGAUCCCGAAGAACGAAAAAUGUGUUAUACAGUGCGUGAGUGUAUAGACACGAAAACGUGGCCAGAAGGUAAACGAAUAAACCCACGCGGCUUUGUUUCGUGGCUCGCAAUACGCUCCCGUUGUUUCGACGGAGGCCUUGCACUUGACGGUAACGUCGUUUACAAUUUCGAUGAUGGAGCAGUGGCAAUUUUUCAGGUGCUCGAUGAAGAUGCCCUACAGACGGUAAUGUUGCGGGAAUGAUGGUUUUCCUUGCACAGUCAUUUUCGUAUGCAACAGAACUGCAAUUUCGUGAAGUAAUGGGGAAAUUUUAAGUUACUAGACCACAUUUUAAAGAGAUUAUGACGCUGUGGCCAAAAUUUAAUGUGUUGUUGCGAGGAGCAACAUGGUUCCAGAAUGUUUUGAAUUUGUUUGCAUCCAUAAAGAUAAUUUUAUUGACAUAACACAUUUGCUUCAUGCAACUUGUGACAAAUCUACAGUAUUCAGAGCAGGCCAUAUGUGCCAUUAUAAUCAACAAGAACAUGAAUAACAAGAAAGUAAAUGAAAGAAAUCUGGCUGUUGACAUGCCAUUUGAUCCAAGGCAGUUUAGUGUCACCAAAACACUGUACUUAAUGCAUGAUCCACCAGAAGAUUGCACUAGCUAAGAUAAAAGUUAUACCCCUCUGUUAUCUUUUUCUUUACCCCUCCCUUUAUUCUGUAAAAACAACCUUUAUAGAAUUUAUGAAUUUCAAAUAAUUUCAUUACCAUCAAAAUAGAGAAUCUCAAAAAACAACCUCAAGUUCAUUACCACAAAUUCCAAAGAGGUGUACCAUCAUAUACUAAAAUAAAUUAUGAUACCUAUGUAAAUACACAGCCUUAAAAAUCUAUCAGUGCAGCCUAAAUGAACCAGACAAAGCUUCCCUUAUUGAUUUUAUUGCAAAACUUUAUUCUGCAAUAAUCACUGUUCGAUAUUUUUAAAAUAUUUCUAAAGCCUGGAAAUUAAUUAUGUGUACUUAACUUAAAACACUUAGGUUUUUGUUAUAGUGCUCUAAUUAUAAUGCUCCACAUUUCACUAAGAGCUAAUGGUAAUGUCAAUACCAAAAAAUACAGUUCUCUCAUGCAAAGAAUUGUAAUCAUGAUCUUAAAAAUGGCUGCAAAUCAGCAACUGUGUAAAUCUGAAGAGGUUGAAAAUAUCAGCCAGCAAGUUGCAAAACAAAGGUUUCUUCGCCCUUGACCUAAGUUUCGAUAUUUCUAAAGCUCCUUGUCACAUCACAUGAUGGUACAUUAGAUUAGCUGAAGCCAAGGGCUCUUGUCAUACAUAAAAUUGGCAAAAACAAGAAUUAUCCCAAGCUGUGGGUUUAGAUUAGCCCCACUACUUCUGAAGAAGAUAUUUUCAGAAAUACUGAAACCUAGGUCAGUGGGUAAUAGACCUUUGUUUUGCAACUGGUUGGCUAAUCUUCAAUGUUAAUCAUGAUUUACUGGACAUAUUUUGUAAAACUGCACUGAUCUCACGUGCCAAAAAACUUAAUAUGAUUUAUUAAUUUAUAUUUGAUCUGGGAAGUGUGGUUUUUUGAACUGUGGUCAUAAAAACUGUUGAACAUAUAAGCAUUUACUACCAAAUAGGCAAGUAAGUACCUGUUAAAAAGUUUGUAUUUCUAUUUAUGUUAGUAAACCAUUAUUGACUUGCCUAUGCCUCUGUAUUAGGUGUAAGAGUGGAUAGAAUCUGUAUUUUCAUUAUGUCUUCUUUUAUACCAAUUGACACUUUAAAAAACUGUUAUAGAUUGAUAAUAUUUGUAUACUGGAAGCAAGACAGACAGUGCUUGAAUCUGAAUGCUGUCAUAACACGAUUGGAAUAAAAAACAGAAGGACAAAA